GUCGUCCGUCACAAACAACAAAAGAAGAAAAGCAAUCAAAACAACGAGGUAGAAAAACUAAACUAAAAAACGAGAUUCACUCUACUCAUACACAAGAUACAACCAGAAGAAAUACAAAAACGAAAAUAAUACAGAAAAAAAUCAAGAAAAAAUAAUUGUGGAAGUUUUGCACCAAGAACUAUACAUAAGAAAAUCUUCUUUGAGUAUUGUAAGAAAAUUGCAUUCAUUAUUAAUUUCUGUUACAAAGAAUAUAAAACGCAAUUCCUUUUGGUCGAGUAACCAGCGAGAACGCAUUGUGUCACAAGGGAAGCAGGCAGAAAAAGAAAAUUAAACAAAAAUAAAGCAAAAAAGAAGAAAAACAAAACGCCAUUCAAGUGUGAGUAGCAAAGAAAAUGGAAAUUGAGCCAGAUCAAUCGAUGGAAGCUAUGGACAUACAAGAAAUCGAUUCUUUACCCGGUGCUGAGUUACAUCAACAACAGCAUCUUCAGAAAUUACAUUUGCCACCCACGGCGGGCGGUCAACAACAAUUGCCCAAUGAGAAUGGUAAUGUACCACCCCAGCAGCUAUUAGCCGACUCUGGUUCACCCUAUACAAACGAGCAAGAAAUGACAGCGCUCGACGACGGUCCCAAAGAGGACGAAUUCCGUUCGGAAGCCACCUUCUCGUAUACGGUGGAAAAAAUUGCCCAACUCAAGACACAACAGCUAUCGCCACCUGUGUAUGUGCGCAUGUUACCCUGGAAAAUCAUGGUCAUACCCAAUGAGCGGGCUCUAGGCUUCUUUCUACAGUGUAAUGGUGAAAAUGAUUCACCCUCGUGGUCUUGCAAUGCCAUUGCCGAUCUGCGUUUGAAGAGUCAUAAGCCGGGUGCUAAACCCUUCUCACGUAUGCGCAUCAAACAUCUGUUCUAUGCCAAGGAGAAUGACUACGGUUAUUCGAAUUUCAUUACCUGGCAAGAACUGCAAGAUCCUGAAAAUUGUUACAUCCACAAUGGCGCCAUUACUUUAGAAGUAUUUGUUCACGCCGAUGCUCCUCAUGGUGUUCUCUGGGAUUCUAAGAAACAUACGGGCUAUGUGGGUCUCAAGAAUCAAGGCGCCACCUGUUACAUGAAUUCCCUCCUACAGACUCUAUACUUCACCAAUCAACUACGUAGAGCCGUCUACAAAAUACCCACUGAGGCAGACGAUAGCACCAAAUCGGUAGGUCUUUCACUGCAGCGCGUUUUCCAUGAACUACAAUUCAGUGAUAAACCAGUCGGCACCAAAAAACUAACAAAGUCUUUUGGUUGGGAAACACUCGAUUCGUUUAUGCAACACGAUGUUCAAGAAUUUCUACGUGUUCUACUCGAUAAGUUGGAGUCGAAGAUGAAGGGCACCAAUUUAGAAGGUACCAUUCCGGGUUUGUUCGAAGGCAAAAUGUCUUCGUACAUCAAGUGUAAGAAUGUCGAUUAUAAUAGUACUCGCUACGAAACAUUCUACGAUAUACAAUUGAAUAUUAAGGAUAAAAAGGAUAUUUAUGAAUCAUUUCAAGAUUAUAUAACACCAGAAACAUUGGAGGGAGAUAAUAAAUAUGAUGCCGGCGUUCAUGGUUUACAGGAAGCCAACAAGGGUGUACAUUUCACUUCAUUCCCGCCAGUUUUACACUUGCAUUUAAUGCGUUUUCAAUACGAUCCCGUUACCGAUAGUUCGAUUAAAUAUAACGAUCGCUUUCAAUUCUAUGAACAAAUCGAUCUUGAUCGUUUUCUCGAGAAAGAAGGCGAUACUAAGGCAGAAUACAUAUUACAUGCUGUUUUAGUGCAUUCGGGUGAUAAUCAUGGAGGUCACUAUGUUGUCUUUAUUAAUCCCAAAUGUGAUGGUAAAUGGUAUAAGUUUGAUGAUGUGGUAUGCAGCUGUAGGAAAAAUGAAGCAAUCGAAAUGAAUUAUGGUGGAAUGGAUGAGGAAGUAUCGUUCCAUGCUAAAUGUAGCAAUGCUUAUAUGUUGGUCUACAUACGAAAGUCGGAAAUUGAACGUGUACUCAGCGAUAUACCGGAACAUGAUAUACCCAGUGAACUAGUCGAACGUUUGGAUUUGGAGAAACGCAUUGAGAUGGCACGGCGCAAAGAACGCAGCGAGGCUAAUUUGUAUGUAUCCAUACAUGUAAUACUGGAGGAGUAUUUUGAGGCCCAGCAAAAGCGACGUCUCUUUGACUUGGACAAGGUGCACCAGCGAUUAUUCAAAAUGAAACAGACCCAGACUAUUGAGGAAAUGAUGGAUCAAUUUGUUAGAUCAUUUUGUGUACCUAAGGAACGCAUGCGUGUUUGGAUAAUGUACGUUACACAAACACAAAAGUUUCUUUAUUUCGAUUUCCAGCGAGAGGGUAAUCGCUCGAUUGAACAAAUCGCUAGUUCACAGAAACCCUGGGUUAUAUUUUUGGAAUUGGCUCCACCCGAUAAGCCAAGUCGUGCACUGCCGACAUUUGAUCCCAAAAAAGAAGUUUUAAUCUUUUUCAAGUAUUAUGAUGCCCGCAACAAGCGACUCAACUAUAUAGGUUGUUCUCAGCAGCCAUUGGGCAAGCGGCUAGUUGAACUAGUGCCCGAUAUUAACACACACUUGGGCUUUGAGCGCGACACCGAAUUGACUGUAUUUGAUGAGUGUAACGAUCAAAAGAUCACCAAUUUGAAUGAAUCGUUAGAGACCGUUUUGUGUUUACAUCCCGACAACGCUGAUCGCGGCAGUCUCCAGGGUUAUAUUUUGAUUUUCGAAAAGGAACAUAUUGAUCCGAAAUUGGAAUUACCCACGGUCAUUGAUUUUAACGAUUUGGUGUAUCGAGUGGAAAUAACAUUCUGCGACAAAACCAAUCCAAACGAACCGGAAAUUGUGCUAGAGCUUUCGAAUCGUUAUACAUACGAUCAAAUGGCACAAGCUGUGGCCGAGCGUUUAAAUACAGAUCCAAAUAAAUUGCAGUUCUUUACUUGUACCGGUAGCUACAAGGAUCAACCAGGCACUGCGAUUCAAUAUAACCAGAAAGGUUGUCUUAAAGAUAUGUUAGUGUCCACUAAGCAAAGCAAUACCAAAAAGCUUUUCUAUCAAAGACUGUCGCUCAGCAUCCAUGAACUUGACAAUAAGAAACAAUUCAAAUGCAUUUGGGUUUCAAAUGACCUUAAGGAGGAAAAAGAAUUGGUAUUGUAUCCCAAUAAAAACGAUACAGUUAAGGUUUUGGAUGAAGCCGCCAAGAAGAUACAAUUCUCCGAGAACAGCUCAAAGAAGUUGCGUCUUUUGAAGGUGAAUAAUCACAAGAUUUCUACGAUUUUCAAAGAGGACAUACCGCUUGAAUCUCUGCAAAAGACCACUGAACCCAUAACACCUCAGAGUACUCAAAAGACGUUCCGUAUUGAAGAAGUGCCUCUUGAAGAUAUACAGCUGGCUGAAAAUGAAAUACUUAUACCGGUUGCUCACUACAGCAAAGAAAUCUUUAGUGUUUUCGGUGUGCCAUUCCUAAUUAAGGCGCGGCAAGGUGAACCCUACGGAGCCCUGAAGCAACGCAUACAGAAACGCCUCAAUGUGCCCGACAAGGAAUGG